CGGCCGCUGACGCUUGGAAACAGUUGCAGGCGCGUGACAUCUGACUCGAUCUGCAUGUGCGUACUGUUUACUGAUUUCGGACACACGUUUGACGGUAUUUCAGUUUCUGGUAUGGUUGAGUGAUGAGGUUUGAGGGUGGUCGGGGGUUGUUUUCGAUUGGAUUGAGAGAUGAAUUUUUCGUGAUGUGUGAGUGCGUUAAGUGCCAAGAAAAAUGACAUUUUUUGUGACAGUUCAUGUGUUAUUUUUGGUUAUACUCAUUUUUGUACAAGAUGUCUUAUGUUUAAGAAACGUACGACUGACAAUCGAACCCAACAUAGUGCAGCGCGGGAGCAAUUCAACCCUCCACUGUUCCUACGAUUUGGAAAACGACGAUGUUUUGUAUUCAGUUAAGUGGUACAGAGGACGUUACGAGUUCUACAGAUACAUCCCCAGCGAAUUGCCUAUUAUAAAGACAUUCCCGUUCAAAGGUAUAAAUGUCGAUGAGAAGAAUUCCAAUUCUACUCAAGUUUUAUUGAAAGACAUUGACUUUAAGAUAUCUGGCAACUUUAGCUGUGAAGUCACAACCGAUGCCCCAUUUUCUACUGGAUACGACAGGAGAACGAUGGUCGUAGUCCAGCUGCCAGAAAAUCCUCCGACGAUCAGCGUAGAAGGAGAACCCCUGGACUACGGAGACACAUUAAGGGCUAACUGCUCCUGCCCGCCUUCGAAGCCGCAGGCUUCCUUGAUGCUUCUGUUAAAUAAUCUUACGGUGGCUAAAAUUCAGCCUUCAUUCCCCAAUAAACAUGAAAAUCCUUUGUGGAGCGAUUUACCGCUAGCCAUGACGUUGGCUGAAGAACACUUCAACGGUGGAAGGUUGAUACUACGAUGUGUCGCAGAAAUAGGCGAAAUAUACCGCGAAGAGGCUGUGCUCAAGUUAGGCAGUGUUCGUGAUCCCGUCCCCGAAAGAGUGAGCGCUUACAGCGUUGGCACGUUUUGCGAAAAUUCACGGGCGCUGCUGCAGAUUAUUACUCUGAUUUCAAUUAUGUCAAUGUUUAGUUAGAAUUGCUCAUGAAUUAUUUUUAUUUGUAACUGUAUGUAAUAACUGUUUAGUUUCGUUUGAGUAACAUAAGAGUGUAUAAAUCAAUUAUCGACGUUAAGAGAAAAAUUAUUGUUAUUUGUUGUUUACGCAAUAUAUU